UUUCACCGACGUAGACAUCUUUAAAGAAGUGGUAGAUGCCUCAGUCAGAGGUGUACCUGUCUACAUUCUCCUCGACCACAAUCGCUUCAAAAGCUUUCUCAAUAUGACAGAAAAACAAGACAUCCAAAUCCAAAAGCUCAGGAAGACAAGCAUGCAAAAACAGAACAAAACAUGAUGAAAUACUUUAAAAAUAGAGAUGAAUAAAUAUCCCAAAACCUUUAAGUUAUGUUUCUGGCUUUGCCUUGUGCACACCUUUUGAUAAGCAGCACACAGCAUAUCAGAAAGUGUGCUUUUAUUUCCGUUUCAUUGUGUGGUUUCACUGAAAUGCAGAGCAGGCUUUGACGUGCGGUGCGUGUCUGAGAGGGUCUGAGCAUCCCGUUCUGCUCAAGAUAACAGUGCCACUCUAGACAAAUACGUCACCUCUCUACCAUUGACAAGAGAUUUAAUAUAUGUAUGUAUGAACAUGUGCAUGAAAGGGUUUUCUCAACGGACCGUAUUCGCUAAAGGGGCCAGAAUGUGUGUACUGCAUCUAAACAUACUCGCUGCACUGAAACAUGCAGGAAAUUAAACGAAUUUAAAAUGCUGCCAAAAUGCUGUUUCCGAUCAUUCUGGCCCAACCAAAUCUCAAUUUAAGAGAUGAGCGCACACAAAUUUAGUGUCAUGUGCAUUACCAUGAGGUCUCUGUGCUUUUGUGUGUAUGAUGGCCAUAUUUUUGGUCUCAAGUGCCGUCCUUGAACCUCUCUUACUGUACAAUAUAAGACUGCUAUUUAGGAGCUGCAGAAAUCCCCAAGAUUGUUUCACGAUGCCAAUCUUUCAUCUGGGACAACAGUUUGUAGAGCUAUUCAGGGAUGGCCGUUGUCAAGGUGCUUGUGACCAAAGAUAGCAAAGAUAGAAUGUUUUUUCACAGUGUCAGAUGUUCUGUAUGAUCAUCAUAUUUGCUGCUACUAUCCACGUUUACUCAGCCAAUAAAAAUGCAUCCAUGUGACAUGGCACUUAAACUUUUAAGCACUUUUAACUCUCUCUUUCACAGCUUCGUCUUUCUUCAGCAAACGUAAAAAGUGCAACCGUGCUUCGUCAUGCUUUGUUUUUUCAACAGUAAUUUGCAUCACAGCCUGUAUUUAUCACAAGGUGUUAACAUCGCACAGUAUUGCAUGCGUCUAAGUUUAUUAGAUCUAUGUCGCACGUAGAGUGUUUUAUAAUGAUGUCAUAGCAUUGCUAAAAUUGUGCAGUAUGUAGAAGCUCAACAUGGCCCCAACCCCUCUUUCGCGUAGGGGGGUGGGGUUUAUGUAAAUUUCAGGGUUUGUGAUGUCACUGACCCAGGAGGUAGCUCGUUGUAGUUCCUACCAGAGAUUUGUUAUAGGCCUUACAAUGUGAAUUCUGUAAAAGACUAUCUUUCGCUUGCAUUGAACGUUGAGCUUUGCAACUUUGCAGAUGUUGUUUAUGACCAAACAGCCACAUUACACCCUGACUAGACUUAUUAAAAUGACCAUUUUGCAAACAGGCUAAUUAUAAGAAGGCUAAUUGCAUUCACAUGUCUUACAUUUUGUAAAAUAUUUCAAACACAGUCAUAGCGUUUAUCUUUACUAUAGAAGUUACCAUUUACAAGAAAACCACAAUUAAAGCAACAAAUCAAAGAAUCAAACGAAGAUGAAGAUAAGACCGCAAAUGUAACAGCAGGAACAGUGUCAUGAGAUUCAGUUUUUACUCGUCUACCCACACAAGCAUGUUUCGUCAUGGCUUUUGCAUCACGAUCAAAUGUACUUUUUUAGUUCAUCUCAAGUUCUAACAUCAACCAAGCAGCCAAGAGAAAGAGGGACUCAGUUUGAUGCUACUCCCAUUUGACAAGCAUCCCCGUUCUCUGUGUGAUAAAAUACACAUAUAAAUAUAACAUCAAUUACACAUCUGAAUUUGCUAUAACUGUGCUUAAAAGGCCUUCUGUCAUCCUGGGAGACACAUAGAUCUUAUGCUGUGGCUUUCAAGUUCUUGAGGAGAACCUUACUAGGGGACAGCAGCCGUAUGUCUGUGACCAUGUUGAUUCAAUAGAUUCAAAAUACAGGUGUCAGUAGCAGUGUUUUAUUGCUUCUAAAUGGCAAACGAAUUAAAAAUAAUAUUGAUAAAACUAGUGAUUUGCUGAAAUCAGAAUAGGGACGACAAUAGGUGAGCACUAGCCAAUGAGAUUGUUGUUUGCACAUUAGUUCUGCCCACUAGCAGAGAAAUCAGCAGUUCUUAAGAACUAAAAAAUUCCAAAGAAACCCCAUUAUUUUGACAGGAAAAUUUGACAAAGAAAAUAAUUUAUAUGGCCUCAAUGCUGCGUGAUAAGACUCAUCCUCAGUAUCUUUCCUUAUAAGCAACCUUUACACUAGUUUUCGGUGCGUCAAAGCCUGAUCUCAUGUUUAUAAGUAGGUGUGUCUACAUUUAUAAACAUAAAACUUGCAUGAAUUUAUGCAUUUACAAGCAUUACAUUUUUGAACGUUUUUACUCGUGCUGAAACGUCUACAAUUUAGACGUAUUUCAAUGUUUAAAAUGUAGAAAUCUUUUAUACAAUUGAGAUAUUUGUAUCGGUUCAUUUUUAUCAUUUUGUCAAUAUGCAAUUUAGAUUGUUAGACCCCUUAACCCUCGCCCAAACCUACACCUAUCAAUUUUAUAGCAAAUAUGCAUUUCUAUAAUUUCAUCAAUAUAGACCCCUUAACCUAACCCAAAGCUUAAUCCUACUAAUUUUAUAUUGAAUUUAAAAGGAUAUAAAAUGCAAUUGACUGAAGUGUUUGUACAUUUAGAUGCUAAAAAUAUGCAUGCUGUGUUUGUUCUAGUGCCGUAUACUCUCUAAUCUGUUAUUAUACAAGUAUAUUUGAUUUCUGUGUGUGACCAUAUUUCCUAAUCUACCUGCAUUAUAUUGUACUAGGUGAUGGCUGGGGCUGAUGUAAAUGUAAAAAUUUGACACUUCUGCAAUAACCAGAAAAAAACAACAACCUGCAAAGCUGUCACGCUCUUACUUGACUUUUAAGGAGCUCUCGUUUCUCAGAACUUUUUGUUCUUUGUUUAGGGCGAUAAAAGAAAUAAAAGUUGUUCAAAAAUAAAAGAGUAUUCAAAAAGGGUAUUCAAAAAUAUUUUUGACGUGAUCAUUUUCACCUGAAUGCUGCCUUUGCACUUUGUCAGGAAGUGAGUUUAGUCACAUGGACCUUCUUGUCAAAUAUGACGAAGGCUUGGAAGUAUUCAUGUACUGAUGAUGAGCCAAGCUAUGAACUGGAAACACUGUCCCUCCCACCUCUCCCCAGAGGGUUUUAACUAUUAUUUUAUGAAAAACAGACUGCAAUUAAGAUUUUUUUCUCACCACACCUUGCAAGUGUCAUCAUCAGAGUAUGUUUUUAGAAUGUCUAUGAACUCGAUAUAUUCAAUUAUCACUACACAGCAACUGAUGCAGAUCCUGAAAGUUCUAUGGCUGAUUUACUAUUUUACAUGAAAUUUAACACUUUCUUCACCUUUACACAAGAAACUUUCAUUUUACAGUUACACAAGACAUGCCCAUCAUCAUUAGAGUUGUUUGGGUGCACACAGAUGGUACAUAUAAACUUUUACAGCUUUGUCGCUUUAGCAGCGGUGAUAAGAAAAGACCCUUGGCCUCAGCAGACAGACUUACUUUUGUUUGCAAAGCAAUAAUGAGGUUUGUUUGCCUUUCAGUUUGUUUUUGCUGAACAGGCUCAACACAGAUAAUUUCUCAUCAAAUCUGCAUCAAACAUAUGUUUGAGUAAAACAGUAUUUAAUAGGAGAGAACAAAAAAAAAAGCUGAACGGGACUUUGUUCAUUGGAAAUUGAUUAAAUGAAAAGUACAUCUUACAAACCGGAAUGAAAAAGUGUGUGGAGAAAUAAUGAGUAAGAACGGUCACAUCAGCAAGAAUUCAAAGAAUAUGAGGAUACGCACAGUGAAAGGCCAAGAAUACUGUUGCAAAUCUGGGGUGAAGUUCCAUGGAGGAAUGGGGCAGAAAUUUCUUCUUGUUGACUGCCAAAAAGUAUUUUUGGAUCAUACAGCUUCAUGUGGUCUUAUGAGAAGAUCAACCUCAGCAUGGUACAGGUUAUAACAGGCCAAUUAGUGGAGACCUACGAUGAGGAAUUUCGGACGUUGUAUGCUCGAUCAACAGUCCCAGAUCAAUUUCAGACUGCCAGUGUGAACCAGUGUGAAGCAAAGCCCAAUGGAAAAAUGGAUGGAUAUCUGAUUCAUUCCAACAACCCCUUUGAAAGAAAAGAUCAUUUAAGGCACACCCUUGAUGCUGUUUACCGGCAAGCCUGUGAAAGGAAAUCAGGAUUCUCGGCACUGAGAGAGGUUGAAGAAAGACCACUUGUUACACCGCAUGCUCGAAUCCUUCAAGAGACAUCAGAGUUUUACAAAAGACACAGCUAUGCAGGAGAACGACAAGAACCUGUGUAUAUGCCAAAAUUUCCCAAGUACGGCUCUAGUAACUGGAAUGUGGCAGCAGAGAGCAGCCAUUAUGGCGGUUUCUCUAACAACGUGGACAACCAGUAUGAGAGUUACAUCAUUAAUCCGAUGUUCAGAGGCUCAAACAUGCGCCAGUCUUACCACGGCCACGACAAACAAAUUCUCAACAUGAGGCAAAAUCUUCCCAGUUUAGCAAGUACUUCCAAAUCCUUCCUUCGGACAUGGAGGAUAGAGUCUUACCUCAACAACAGCAAUGAUGCACCUUAUGGAGAAAACUAUGAUUAUCUGGACCAAUUUGAGGAGAAUAAAAUGGCUCCGCUGCAACACUCCCGCAUCAGGUCAUCGGUUGUUUUCACGUCCACCAUACCAGAACAACCAGAGACGAACAGCUACUCCAAUAAUUCAGCGUCCUCCAAUCACGAUCCGGCACGAAUUCAGUCAAGCGCUCAGAUGUAUUCCUCAGCUCAGUGGAAUCAGGCAGCACAGCAUGACGACUACAUGCUGAAGAGACGCAGUUUACAGAUUUUAGAAAAGUCAGGAAAUAACACAACCUAUGGCUCUGGGAGGGAUGCAAUAUAUGCGAGUUUAAACCGAGCCAAAAAUCGAUUUGCAAACAGGGAGCAUGACUACCAACAGGACGACAGAUACAAACGGCACAGUUUGGCUGAUCCCAGGUGCAAUACGUAUAACAGUGACUUUAACGAGCCCUCUAGUUACAUGUAUGCCUCUUUACCUAGAAGACAGAAAAUCUGCAACGUGUCUGCAAACGACAACCCCAGAAAUGCAGCGUACACGCCAAAUUUUAAAGAGGACCAGAGGUCGGUUUCACAUCAUGAUUUCAAAAAGGCAGAUGAGAGUAAAACUACCUCAGCAAACAUAUGGCAAGAGCCUCCCUCGAGGACUGUGUCAGCAACGCUUCUGGACAGGGAGGACAGUCAGCCUUCGAAACCAAACAGUGCAUCGUCACAGCGCUUCUUCAAAAGGAGCACCAAGAAAAUAAAAUCUCUUCUAAACAUUCCACAAAAGGGGGACAGCUCACCCAAAGGAAAGAACUCAGAAAGUCUCAAAAUGGGAAGCAGCACAGACACGAUUCUCUCAGAUUAUGAUGACACCGCGCAAGGCAAGAAACACCAAGGCAGCACUGCCAAUUCCACCAAGUCCGUUGAGAGCAGCAGACUGAAGCGAGCUAAUGGGAAGCUCCCUGGAGCUGAGAAUCAUUCUCCUGGCCUGGCGGGAGAGGCAUCUGCACCUCGAUUUAGCACUGAAGAGCUUCAUCCAUCUCACACCUCUACAAGUACAGAGACUUCCAAAACACAGGAGCAAACCACAGUGGUCUCUCAGAAUGAAAAGACAGACUCAACUCUAACAAGAUCGGAUCUGGUGUCAAAGCCACAAGUAUCAGUAAACAGGCUGUAUAGCAGGUUUGAGCCUCUUUGCUCAUUUGAAAGCAGGCGUCCCACAGCAGGCCAGCCCUCCUAUGUGCCCGCACAGAGUCACGUGAGUGAGAAAACAAGGAAUUCUGUCUUUCUGAGAAGACAGCCCAUGAAUGAGCAAAACACUUAUACAAACCAGCAGACUCAGGGACACGACAAUAGAAUUGGCCGUUUUAUUCAAAGGGUUGGAAAUUUUAUACACAAGAAUAAGUACUGAAAUAACUAGUGAACUGAUGUUAAAGCGGAAACGUGUCAUUUCCGUACCGCUAUGUUGGUGAAAUUGAAUUGCAAAAAUUGCACAAAUAAGUAUUGUCAAACAGGCACUAUUCUCCACCUUUCAAUGGUCAGACUAGCAGAUAGUCCUGCCCAUAACUAUUGCCAAGAUUAUUAUGUCAGACUGGCUGAGAUGCUUGUGCUCAAUGGCUUGUUUAAAUUGUCAUUGCAUAUUAAACUGGGAAAGGAGAAAAUAUUUUCAGAUCCUAAAAAAAGACUCAUUUUGGCUUUGAAACAGUGAUGUUUACUUGAACGCAUUAUUGCUAAUGCCAGUGUUGAAGGUUUGCAAUAUAACUGGUGAAAUGCUGCAAGCGCUGUUACAAUGUUACUUUGUAGUAGCUUUUGUUUUAUUGUUAUUAAUAUUAUUUGUACAUUUAUAAGGUGUGUUUUGUGUUGGUAUAAUGGGCCAACUGGGUUAAUUAUUUUUGACACUUGAGUAAUUGCCACUUCAAACAUUACCCAAAGACAAAACCUCCAAUUUGUGUAUGCUGAGAUAUCUCAGAUUGUUGUUUUAAAUUCUACAUUGAAAUGCUGGAACACAUGCGAGGUGUAUAAAGUUGGUUUGUGGGUAAUUGGUUUUUAGCUAUCUUUAAGGGUGACUACACUGCCUUAUAUACUGCACUAUAUAUAGGUCAUGAUGUUGCUUGUGUUUUAUUAUUUAUGUCAUGAUUGAUCCAAAACUGUUCUCUAUUAAAUAUGUGAAUUAAUGAGUGUCAUUUCACAAAGUGCACAUGUACAGUACCUUGUAUACUGAAGAAACAUCAAAACACUACCCCAACAGACUACUUAAUAAAUGAAUGGUCAUAAAA